AUGGAGAUCUUCCGUAAAUUGGAUGGAUUAGCUGAGGAGAUUGAAAGAUCACAGCCUCCUGUAGAUUUGUGGAGAAAGUUUAUAUACUGUACGUCCCUCUCCGGUUCAACUCUCGGCACAGUCGACCACAUGCAGCCUCAAGAUUUUGAGAAAGUUGUCAGCCCAGCUUCCGUUGCUCACUUCUCCCAGUACAAAUUGACAAGUUUAAUGCUUAAGCGGUUGAAAGACCUCGGCUUUAUUGUUCGAAGUUCCAAAGAGCCGGAUAGUCUUGAGCUUGACUCUGUUGUUGCGGGGAAAAUCUUUAUGGGUCACGAGUGUGUGGCGAUUGAUGCUAACAAGGAAAGUGUGACUGCGACUGUUUCUGUUCUCGAAGGGGGAAAGUAUACGAAAAGAGAUAUUCAAUGUAGUAUACUUGUUGGUGCUGAUGGCGCUGGGAGUGCUGUAAGAAGGCUCACAAAUAUAGAGAUGCGAGGGGAAAGAGAUCUACAAAAGCUUAUUAGUGUCCAUUUCAUGAGCAGAGACCUCGGUGAGUACUUAAUCAAUAACAGACCAGGGAUGUUAUUUUUCAUUUUCAACACCGGAGGUAUAGGAGUUCUCGUUGCCCAUGAUCUUCUACAAGGAGAAUUUGUUUUGCAGAUUCCAUACUACCCGCCUCAGCAGAGUCUAUCUGAUUUUAGUCCCGAGAUGUGCAAGAUGCUGAUAUUCAAUUUGGUGGGACAUGAGCUUUCAGACUUGGAUGUAGCUGAUAUUAAGCCAUGGGUCAUGCAUGCUGAAGUCGCCGAGAAAUUCAUGUGCUAUGAGAACAGAGUGAUACUUGCUGGUGAUGCUGCUCACCGGUUCCCGCCUGCUGGAGGUUUUGGAAUGAACACUGGAAUUCAGGAUGCUCAUAAUCUUGCAUGGAAAAUAGCAGCUCUUGUUCAGGGUUCUGCAGAAUCUUCGAUUCUUAAUACCUAUGAAAUAGAACGUAGACCGAACUUCAGAGCAGCUAUGUCGGUUCCUUCAGCGCUUGGCCUUGACCCAACACUUGCAAACUCAGUUCAUAGGUUUAUAGACAAAACAGUCGGUUCCAUCAUUCCAACUGGGCUGCAAAAGGCAAUCUUGGAUAAUGUAUUUGCCCUAGGUCGUGCACAGCUUUCAGAAUCCCUGUUGAAUGAGAGCAAUCCGCUGGGAUAUCAGAGACUUACCAGACUAAAGCGUAUCUUUGAAGGAGGAAAAAGCCUUCAACUACAGUUUCCUGCAGAGGAUCUUGGUUUCAGGUAUCUAGAAGGAGCCAUUGUUCCUGAUAACGAGUCUGAAGCUGGUGAUCCUGAAGUACCGAGUGGACGUAGAAGAGACUAUGUACCUUGUGCUGAACCAGGUUCAAGACUGCCUCAUAUGUAUGUGAGAAAACUGUCAGAUCCCACAAGAGAGGCUGUUGUUUCUACACUGGAUCUUGUUUCGACAGAGAAAGUGGAGUUUCUACUAAUAAUAUCACCAUUACAAGAGUCCUAUGAGCUAGCUCGUGCUACAUUCAAAGCGGCAAAAGAGUUAAUGGCUAAUGUAAAGGUAUGCGUAGUAUGGCCUAGUAGCGAUGAUGAUGGUGGUGGAAGGGAUAGCAAAUCAGCAUUAGCUCCGUGGGAAAAUUACGUCGAUGUUAUGGAAGUUAAAAGACAAAGUGGUGAAGAAGAAGCUUCUUGGUGGAGCAUUUGUAAAAUGUCGGAGAGAGGAUCUAUCUUAGUCCGUCCCGACCAACACAUUGCUUGGCGUGUGAAGUCUGGUGUUAUUUUGGAUCCUACUCUGCACAUGAGAGAUGUCUUCUCCAUUAUACUUGGUAAACAAUGA